CAUUCCAAAAUUGCAUAGAGUAACAGUACAAAAUUGAAAUUUCCUCGGACGCUUAUUUUAUUUUAAUAUGGUGCGUAGAAUAAUAAUCGUGUAAAGUGCAACUGGGAACACUUAGAAAAGGUGACUACAAAUGCAUACAAUAGUCUACAAGCUGUCAAAUCUUAAGGAAAACUGAAUUUACAAAAUGUGAGUGGAACUUCAUAUUUGACAAUAUACAAAAAUUGCGUUGUAAAUCAUUGUCAUGACAACAGAACCGGAAGUAACCCAAACACCACCACCAUCAGAAGCCAGUAGUCAGUGUAAGGAAUCUGACAUUUAUACGGAUGUUCACGAUGAAGACGAAGAUUGGGAUACUGAUCUGGAAGAAGAGAAAUUUCCACAACGUGAAGCUAUUCCUGAGAAAGAGAAAUCCGUAGUGGUGUAUGAAAAAGCUUGCAAAAAGUAUGGCAUUAUAAUUUCGUCAAGUUUUCUCAGAGGUCUAAAAAAGGGCAAAGUUAAUGUCAACAACCAAGGACUUGGUCCACUGGGUGCUAAAGCAGUAGCUUUAAGUUUAGUUUUUGACAGCACUGUCACUCAACUUGCCAUUUCUGGGAACUUCAUUGGACGAUCUGGAAUAAAACUUAUUACAGAUAUGUUAAGAGAAAACGAUACUAUUACCAGUGUGGAUAUAUCUGAAAAUGCACUAGGAUCUUAUGGAGCCGAACUCUUGUCACGGUUGUUAGAAGACAACGCAAACAUCAUUACUUUAAACGUUUCAGGCAAUGGAUUCAACGAAUAUGAUGCUUGUUGUUUUGGGACCAUUUUAUCAAACUACAAAUCUGGGUUGAAAACCUUAGAUUUGAGCCACAAUCAACUGAGUGACCAGGGAGGUAUUAUCUUAGGAAAAGCAUUAGCCAGCAACGAAACACUGCAAGUUUUAAACUUGAGUUGGAAUAAUAUCAGACAACCAGGCAUAAAAAGUCUUUUUGCUGGGUUAAAGGAUAACACCACUCUACAAGAGUUAGAUUUAUCAUACAAUGGUAUUGGUGAUAAAGGAGUAGAGAGUAUUGCAGAACGUUUACAUGAACUGGAAUCAUUGCUUCGCCUUGACCUUAGUUCCAACAGAAUCGGUAGGAUUGGCAUAGGAAAACUUAUGAAAAGUGUUGGCCAUAACAAAUCUUUAAUUGAAUUGAAGUUGUCCAAAAACCCAAUUACUGCAGAAGGUGUAUGUUUAGCUAUUGGUAUUCUCAAAGAACAUCCAGAAUGUGGAUUACAGAUUUUGGAAAUUAAGGACAUUUCAGUACCGAGUGCAUUUUCUACAUUAUUGGAGGAGUUAUUAAAAUUGAAACCACGGUUUCGUUGCAAGCACGGUGGAUUUAGAAACCAAAAUGACAUAUUCAAAUUUGCAAUAAAACAAAGAGAAGAAAAUCUCUUGAACGAUCCUUUCAUGCAAUUGAUGGAUUAUGUUCACCAAAAGAAGUUACGAUGGGUCGAUUUAUUUUAUCGGCUCGAUACAGAUAAGAAUCUAUCUAUAAGUGAAGACGAAUUCCGCAAUGGAAUAAAGAGCGCUGGUAUACCAGUAACAGAUAUCCAAAUAGAUCAGCUGAUAGAAAGAUUAGAUGCAAACGAAGAUGGAGAAAUAGACUUCAAUGAAUUGCUGGAAGGACAGAAAAGAUAUGUCAGAAGAUUGGAAAAAAUAUUUGGAUCAUCUCCGGUCGAACCUGGACAAGCAGGUCGUAGACCUCAAAGUGGUGCCAACAAAUCACGCCCAUCUUCGUCAAGCAAGUCCCGACCAUCAUCAUCAAACAAAUCUCGGCCGGUUUCGAGAAUAUUGAAUAGACCGUCUUCAAGGUCAGAUCACCAUACAGCUGGUUGAUGGAAAAUCAGUUGAUAAUAAUAUAAUUCCAUUCAUAUAAAACAAGAUUGCGUUGAAGAAAAACGUUUGUCUUUCAUUUUUUUUUCUUUUUAGAAAUUCAUGCAUAUAGAUGUUUAUGUACUAGUACAUGUAAUAGGCAUACGUGUUAUUACAAACCCUGAUAUGCCUUAUUAUUGUGUUAAUCUUUUUGUUUUUUUAAUGAGAAAUGUUUCCCUUGUCCUGGACUCGACUUAUAUAGCUGGUACAAUUAAAAACGAAUAACCAAUAGUUAUCUGUAGUUUCUCAUGAAUUCAAAAUACAUUGAGCAAAUAUUUAUUUAGUUAAUGAAGAGCAGUUUGCAAAUUAGCAUUGAAUGAACUUAAAGCAAUAUUUCGGACCAUGAAUUGAUAUGGUUUGGUCAUGACAAUUUACCAUAAUCACAAAACAGAAGGGAAAUACCUUAAUGACAAAAUAAACAGAACUGCAUGUGUAUCUGCAUAUAAACUUUAUCAUCGUAUUUGUAUUAUAAGAUUAUAUGCAAGCUAUUUUUGUAUGUAUUCGCAUUACUUGCAAUGAAUUAAUUCCACAUAUUCUUCAACCAACUGUCUCUUGAGUUGUUAGUAUACUAGUGCCCAUCAAGUAACAAACUUUAAACAAACUAUUGACG